UUUUGUUAAACAUUGUAUGGUAAGAGUGGAUUUGUCACAAGAUUUCAGACAAUUUUAUUGUUUUUAUUCAAUUAUAGAGUAUUUUUUGAUAAUUGUUGCAUUAAUAAAUAUUGGAUAAAUAUCAAAAUUCAAGUUUUGUGGAGGGUGUUGAACUGUAUUAAAAAUCUGGUGUCACCGAUAAAGUUUGAAAAAAUCCCCAUUUCUAAUUGUAAUGAGAUGCAUCAAACUCCAAAAUCUGCCUCACGUGACAGUUUGAUCUUGUUAAACAAAUAUAUUUUCUCGCGAUACAUUUACGCUACAGUUAUUAAACCAAUUUGUUGAUGAAGAGAUUUACAAUGAACACGUGUGACUGCACGAUGUGCCGUACUAUGCAACUUGUAAUUUACAACAAUCAGAUAAAUCCAGCGUUUUGUACUAGGUCACACAAAAUCGUAUAUCAUGGAACGGCCGCGAAAGCAAUUCAACAGUGGUUCUCUCUAUACUCCCAAAGUUGGUUGUACAAAGCUUGGAAUAAUGCAGAACUUUUGUAUCAUAAGUUUGUUGCUAGUAUUGGCGCUUAACAGCUGCACGGCCAACAAACGAAUGCUUAAACUGGCGGCCGGAAGCUGCAAGUCCAGCGAGGGAGCCACCGAUGCCGACGUGGACAACCUUGCGGAGGGACGACUGCCGGAGACGCAGGUGCAAAAAUGUCUGUACGCGUGUCUGCAGAAGCAGUUCGGCAUUUCCGACGGGAAAAAGUUCUCCAAACAGGGAUUCCUGAAGCGAAGUAGCGUACUCGUUGGCACCGGAGAUGCCAACAAACGAAAGGCGGAGGAAAUCGCCGACGAGUGUGACGGAAUUGCGAACGAGGAUCGGUGCCAGCUGGGGGCGGACAUUGCCAAGUGUAUAAGGGAUGGACUGAUUAAGCGCAGGAAUCGAUAACCCUUUUGAGUUUUUAGAAUAAACAAUUACAAAAAUAAAUCUAAUCACAUUUGUAUUUAAACAUAUUAUAUCAUCAAGUUAUUUAUCCCAUCGGAAAUUGAAUACAAAUCGAAA